AUGGGUUUCAGCGACACCGCGCCGUGCACGGAAAUCGUUUACAUUCCUACGAAAGUGGGCGACAACCCAAAGGACUUCAGUACCCCGAAGGGAAAGGUCUACAAGGAAAUUCUCGACGCCAUCGUCGCCCAUGGCAAGCCGCAGAAUCUGUACUGGGGACACCAAGUCGAGGACCCCAGCCUGUACUUCAACAUCCUCGACUGGGAUAACGUUGGCGCACAUCGGUCUUUUCAGAAAUGGUCAGGAUAUCCCGCAUUUGUAGACUCGUUCCAGUCUCUUGUCAGCGGCACAGCCUUCCAUUUCCACGCGAACCUGGAGCCCCAUCCACCUACUGCGGUCUAUGACGCCGAGGCCAGCGAACUGCUCCAGCUCUAUUUCCCUCUGGAUUAUUCGGAGGAGGAUCAGAAGGUCCUUCACGAGAAUGUAUCGUGGGUGGGUCAAGUGAUCAAAGCCAUGUGGCCAGGGUGUAGGGGAGCAUCCAGCGGAUGGGCAUUGGAGGCUCUCGACCUGCCUGACGGCUCUGCGAAGGCCAAGGUCUACAUCGUCAUGAUCGGCUGGGAGAGUGUUGAUUCACACACAAAAUACCGGGAUUCCAAGACAUUCGACAUGACCGCCCACCACCUAGUAAAGGCGAAGGAUCUAGUGACUCUUCAAGUGGGCCACAUCGUGGCGCAGAAAUAUCCAUGA